AUGGCAGCCCCUGUCAAAAACCUCGUGCCAGCCCCCAGCAUCAUGGGGGCUGACUUCCAAAAGGCUUCCCAUUUUAGGACAUCCUUUGACCGCUGGCCACCAGGACGGGUGGAUCAGUCCGUGUACAAGGUUGAUUACCCCCCGUACUGGGGGAAUUUCCAGCGAGAGUCUAUUCCGCUCCCCCUCUCCAAAGGGGUUAUACACAAGGACUUCUUCACACCGAAGGAAACGGGGACAGAGACGCAGGUGGCCUUCUCCGAGAGACCCCACCAGCCCAAGAUCAAAAUGAUCCGGCCACAAAUGCAUGCGCUCAUGCACGCUGAUCCCAGGAUCAGCAUCAUCACCUCCACGGCCCGGGAUAGCUAUCCCGGGCUGGAGGUAGCGGGACGGAGGCCGCUCACCCACAAACCGCAGAAUGAGCAGUGGAACCGCAACCUGUUCUGUGAGAAUGAGAGACAAUUCCCUCGGCAGCCUUCACUGUCAUGCUCCUCCUACGUAGACCAUGGGAUGCAGCCAGUUGCGAGAGCCCCAUGCGUGCACCUGGGAGGACAUUCCCCGAUCACAGGGGAUGGGCGCUCCCACUACCAAACCACACACCAUGCAGACUUCCAGGGGGAAUGGGUCCCCCCUGUGCAGCCCUGUGAGAAGAUGAAAUCAGCCGUGGUGCUUGGCAGCCCCAGGAUCACUGGGAAUAACACAGAGCAGCAUGACGCCUACACCGCCCCAGCCGCAGGGAGCUACAGCAUCUAUGACAAGGACCAGGCAGUGGAAACGAUCCACAAGACCACCAUGCGGGCAGGGGAUGACCGCAGACGAUUUGCGACCACCACCGCAGCGUCGUUCCCCCCGCGAGAGCUAGUGCCCAUAUCCCGGGAGUACGAGAGCCAGCUGGUGUCGUCAUUCCCCCGCGGUGACCGGGACCCCAAGAGGAGCCAGGAGCGGGCCAACACCACGACGUACCGGACCUACUACACAGAGUUUGACCAGGACAAGCGUCCCCCACGCCCUGCUCCGCCCCAGUGGAGAGGCUGGAGCUUUGUGCCCUUUGGGGAUGACAAGCUGAGCUCGGCGUUUUACAGCACCUUGUACCAGGAGGAGUUUCCUCCACGGCCACCUGCCCGGGCGGUGCCAUGUAACAGCAAGGACCAGUUGAAGAGCCACCUGCCAUUGAACCAACCCGCAGAGAACCUUCCCAUCUCCAGUACCCAAGCCGCCUUCGUCCCCCACAGCCAGCCAACGGUGCGGCCCACGGAGGAGUCGCUGCAGCGGGUGAGAGACUCCCACCUGGUCCCGCCGUUGGGGGAGCAGCGGCAGUUCCAGCCGGAGCAGCCGGAGCAAUACUACAACAAAUACAGCGGCCCCGCCGUCCUCUACGGGCGCGACUGGCUGGUCAGCAGCGUCCCGCUGGGCACCAUACCAAGGACCCGGACCAGCGACUGGGGGCCCAAGAAACAACAGCGCAGGAGCUGUUGA